GCAGCAGCUCGGAGGAGUCGAACUGAAACAACGAUGCAAAACUUCUAGCGAACCUUAUUUGUGCAGCAAAAAGACAAACAGCAGACUGUUUAUGUUACUGCUUAAGAGUUAGAAGAACUUUUGAAACGUUUUAAUACGAAAUGGAUAUCGCCACAUAUUUACAGUGUUUUGAAAACAGUUUGACCUCAUAUUCAGGAGACGACCCUCUGGAUCCAUGGGGCAAGUUUGUUGAAUACCUGGAGCAGAAACUCCCUGCAGAUGGUAGCAGUGGGAUGUCGCUGGUUUUAGACCGUCUUGUCCAGAGGUUUUUGAAUGUUGAGCAGUAUGCAAAUGACAUCAGAUAUGUGAACUACUGCAUCAAAUGUGCAAGUUAUUAUUCCGACCCUGUCGCGCUGUAUAGUCACGUUUUUAGUAAGGGCAUCGGCACCAGGACUGCUGCCCUUUAUGUGGCCUGGGCGCAGCAGUUUGAAAAGAGGGGACUGAAUGAACCGGCUGAUGCAGUGUACCAAAAAGCGUUGGAGAACGAAGCCCAGCCAGCUGACACUGUUCAUCAUGAAUACAGACAGUUUCAAACAAGAACCAGAGGACAGAUGUCAGCACCAGCAGGAGGUCGAAACCCUUUGCAAAACUCCAAUUUAACCAAUCAGAUGUCCUCCCACAGAGAGCCUGUGGCUCAGAGCAAGGUGUCUGUGGAUUGGUCAUCCAAACCACCUGCAAAUACAAUGACUAUAAUAGUUUCUCGCUCUGAGACUUCAGGGACAAUUCCCUCUAGUCAAGGUUCCAGUGUUGAGACUGUGUCGGCAUACAUAAAGGAUGAACUUGUAUGUGAAGGAUCUGAACUUUGCUUUGAGGAGGUCAGAGCACAGAAAUACUUCCGUAAGCUCAGGGAGAAACGGGAGAAGGAACAGAGAGAACUUAUGGAGAAGGCGCUGAAGGAGCGGGAGGAGAGAAUCCAGAGCAUUAAAAGUAUGUUGGAGUCGGUUAACCAGGAUCUGGAAGCCCGUGGAGGUUUUACCAGCCUGACUUCAUCUCUGAGUGUGUCUGUAGCAGAAGCAACCAACCCACCAAGUCUGAUUUCAGAUCCUCCCCAGCAGUCCUUUGUUCGUCCUCGACCCUCAAACCGUCUGAGCAGCAGGCGCUCUCUUGGCUUGAGGUUGCACACCGACCCGACUUUCAUCCAGGAGGCCACUGCCAUCUCAGAACCUCCUCAGCAGCAGGCGGCUGCUGAAACGAAUGCGCUGAGCUCAGAGGUAUUCCAUCAGCGCUCUGUACUGGCUGACAGCAGCAUUCAUCUGCCAAACUCUGCAGCGACUUCAAUCCUCAAAGAUCACGAGUCUGUCAUUCAGGCCCCAGUGGUUCCGUUUCAGUCAGUUCAGCAGCCUAUGAGCUUUGAGCAAACAAACGUGUCGACUCACAGACCUGCAGAGGCCUGCGUCUCUGCUGAGAAUGCUGACGUUCUCUGCCAGGAUGCUCGAGGUCAUCUGGGCAGCUUGGCCAGCCAUCGACCCCAGGAGCACACCACCACACAUCAGGAUGUCAGUGAGCCACCAGAGCCUGAAGAGAAACUUGAUGUGUCUCAGGGAGGCACAGCCAACCUGUCUCACAUCACCCCUAACAAUUCACUGGGCUUUGUUCAGGCCACGCCAUCAAGGGUGCUACCGUCACCCACUGUGAACACACGAGAAGCACUGGGUGUGAUCAUGGACAUGUUUCAGGCCCCGACGUUCCUGGAAGAGCCGUUCAACAACACAUCGGCGCUCCAUGCUGCUGAGAAAGAGUUUGAUACUGGAUGCUCAAGUUACGGAAAUGUCUCUGCGCCUGCUAAGCCUCCCACUGCAGCCGCAUUUACUAUUUUCCAGGACAGUAAUGAAGACAAAGAAAAUGGCAGUGCUGCUGCUCCCCCUGUGACUGUAAAGUCCAAACCAGUCAGAGCUCUGGCUGAAAUCACGGUGUCAAAAUCACACAAACCUAACGACACCCCUUCGGAUCUGAUGCCGGAUGAGAGCACCAUGUGGGGCGCUCGCUACAACUCCCUCAACUCCCUGGCUGCCUGUCCAAACAGCACCACAGACUUUGCCAUGUCGGCCCAGUUUGUCUCCACUCCGUUCACUCACAAAACUCCUUUCAACAGCAACUUUUUUCUAGACCAAGAGAAUAACUGUGACAACGAGGAUGCUGAUGAUGAAGCUUUUAUCAGACGUCAGACCAAAAAACUCAGCCCCAUCAUAGAGCAGAGUCCAUCUGAUGAAAAUCUCUCUGAAACAGCCGUCAGUCAGCUGGUACCUUCCUCUGCAAAACAGGGCACCAUCGUUGGUGAGGGGCUCGCCACCACCCAGCACUGCCUCACCUCCUCCUCCAUCACCAUGGUGCAGCCUCCUCCUCCCGCUAAGCUGUCCUUCAGAGACCAGACACUCUGUCACACCGACUCCUCCAGGACUGCAGGACCCUCAUGGGAAGUGUACACAAGUCCCGAGCAGCCUCCCGAAUCGGCCUCUCUGAUCUCAGGCAGACCCAAAAGCGAACCUUUCACAAUCAUGGAAGAUUUGGACCAACCCGCCAGUCCUAAACGAAUCCAGAAUCAAGUCUGUGAUGUUCCCAUGAGCCCUGACUGUGCCCUCAAAGCAGACUGGCUGACCAUCACGAGCCCAGAGGCCACAGCCGAGCAAGACCUGGACGCCUUCUUGAGUCCGUGUCGCCUGAAGAAAUCAGAUGUGACCUGCACCAAGACCCUGGACGUCCCCAUGAGUCCAGCACAGCCGCAGCUCUGUGCUGACGUGCCCAUGAGCCCGGCACCGCUGCAUCAGGUCAGCGUUGUAGAUGAACCCAUGACGAGUCCAGAGAGAGGAAUGAGGCAGAGCGGUGAUGUGUCCAUGAACACAACCAGGACAGGAGCAGUGCAGCGUGUGUCAGAUCCCUGGGAUGACGAGCUGAUCUCUGAUCUGUUGUCCUCACUCAACCCGCCUCUCACCUCUCACCCCCACUGCAUCACCUGGCAGUGUCACCUGCCCAGCAUCACCCCAAAGAUGACCAUCAGCAUGGGAAAUUCGUCCCUUCGAGUGGACUGCAUUUUAGGAGAGGGAGCUUUUGCAACAGUUUAUCAGGCUACAAACCCCAUGACCUCAGAGAGGAUGGUUCUAAAGGUUCAGAAGCCGGCAAAUCCCUGGGAGUUUUACAUCAACACUCAGCUGGAUGCUCGACUGCAGCCCGACAUCCGUCACUUUUACAGCAGCAUCCGCUCUGCUCACCUCUUCAGCAACGGGAGCGUGCUGCUCACAGAGCUUCACAACUACGGCACUCUGCUGAACGCAGUGAACAUCUAUAGAACCCUCGGUGACAAAGUGAUGCCUCAGCCUCUUGUCUUGUACUUCACCAUCUGUAUCCUGCACAUGGUGGAGCAGCUGCACAGCAUCCACAUCAUCCACGCCGACAUCAAACCUGACAACUUCAUGCUGGGAGAGAGGUUCCUGGAGAACAAGUGUUUCGAUUCGGACAGCGUGGACCACGGCCUCGUCCUCAUCGACCUUGGCCAGAGCAUUGACAUGGACCUUUUCCCAGAAGGCACUGCUUUCACCUCCAAGUGUUUAACGUCAGGUUUCCAGUGCACAGAGAUGCUCAGCGGGAAACCGUGGAACUAUCAGACCGACUACUUUGGAAUAGCAGGGACUGUUUACUGCAUGCUGUUCGGGACGUACAUGCAGGUCACUAAUGAAGGUGGUGUGUGGAAGACAAACGGUGUCUUUAGAAGAAACCCUCACAGCGACUUGUGGCUGGAUUUCUUCCACACUCUGUUGAACAUACCGGACUGCGGUUCGCUGCCGAGUCUGCAGAGCCUCCGCUGCAGGCUGACGUCCGUCCUGCAGCAGAACUACAGCAGCAAACUGCCUUCACUCAAAAGCCGCCUGGUGGUGCAGCUGCUGGAGAACCACAAGGCAGCGCGGAGAUGACGCAUGUCCUCCUCUCUAACUUUUAUCUGCUUUCAUCUUUUCUUCCUGAAACACCUGAAACUGCUUCUCAGUCUUUGCAGUAGUUUUCAAUGGUUUUGUGUUUCUUCAGAAUCGUUUAGGAGGAUUUAAGCAGCUGAUCAGAAUGUGCAGAUGUAAAAAAAUUUGUUUUGAUUUACUUGAUUUUUAUCUUUUGUCUGCAGUUUUUCUCUGGUGAAGAAUAAACUUAGUGUGGAAAUUUA